AUGGCUCUUGACUCAGACGAUAAACUGCGUGAAUUACAGCCGCUUCGGGCUAAAUCUAAUGGCCCUCAUGAGAGUCAGGUCUUCGACGCAGAAGCAGAAGCAGCUCUAGCUGGCGCUCAAGCAGCAAUAGCGUACCCAACAGCUCAAUUUGCUACCAACCUAUGGAUCUGCCUUGACAACCUGGAAGUUGCCAUACGCCUUCUAUCUCCCUCUACAGGAUCUUCCCAAGAAAUCUUUGAAUCCUUCCGCACCCUUGCAGCCGCCUGGCCACUUCGCAAAAGGCUUCCUCACACCAAAAGCGGAUCUAUCCAAAUCCGAUGGGUCCCUGGACACGCCAAAAUCCCUGAGAACGAAGCGGCUGAUCUCGCUGCCAAAGAGGGAGCUGCCUCAAUCCCUCCUGCUCCUCACAAAUCCUCAUACGCCUCGCUAAAGAGAUACGCCAAGACUCAAUCCCUAUCCGCUGCUCAGUCACAAUGGGAGAAGGUGGCACCACAGAGCUAUCAAGAUCUAGAAAUAACCACUUCCCCUAAGCGCCCUGGGGAGCUUCAACUCAACCGACUUGACCUCGGCCAUGUUAUUGCGGCCCGUACUGGUCAUGGAGACUUUGCAGACUACCAUGAACGCUUCAACCAUGAUGAUGCUUAUCUUCUCUGCCGAUGCGGAGCACGAAAAGCACCUCUGCACUUCUUCUUCUGUCAUAUAGCUAAGAGACGAGCCCCUCGGCCUCCUGGGCCCCCUUCUGAGGUCAUCUCUUUUCUCUUAGGCACUGCUAAAGGAGCACAAAAGCUAGCCACAUGGCUAGCAGAGACCCACUUCUUUGAGGAUAUCUGCCCUCGCCAACCUCUCCUUAGCACCUAGCUAAGACAGCCCUACUCUUCCUUUAUAUUUCUCUUCUCCUUCUUUCUUUCUCUUCUCUUCUUUCUUUCCCUCUCUGCAAAACUUACUGUUCAGUUAUAAUAGUGGUGGAGUAAUAGGUCAUGGAGUGUAGGCGGACCAUUGCAGCUGGCAAAUACCUAAAACCCACUCAAAGUGGACCUCCCUGUAAGACCAUGGCAGCUAUGGAAAUGCGCCAGAGUCUCUUAUUUGUACACAAAUCUGAUAGGACCCGAAACCCGAGGCUUACCCCUCGGCGGCCUAUGUCCCAGUAGGGAUCGGUGGGAAGCGUGCGAGUCACGAACCACGGCCGUUAAAU